ACAAGUGUGUGAGAAAGGUUUAGUCGACCCAACCACCCACUGGGGCCACCCGGGCCACCCCGCCUACCCACCCACUUGCCACCCGACUGCCGUCGAGGAAACAACCUGCAACCUCCUCGCCGCCACUGCCGCACACCAAAGCCGGCAUUAAAUUCAGUUCGUUCAUCACAUUAUUUAAUUUUUUUUUUCAUUUUUAUUUUUUAUUGUUUUUCUUUAAUUUGUGAAAAUAUAUAUUAAUAUUAUUAUUUAUUAUUAUUAUUUUCUUUUUGUUAUUAAAAUAUUGAAUUAAUUAUUAUUUUUUUCGUGUUGUUUAUAUACAUAUAUAUAAUAAAUAAUAAUAAUGAUUAAAGUGCGUGAGUGUAUGUGUAUGUGUGUAUUGUGAUUCAACUGUUUUUAAAUUAUAUUUUCCAAGAAAUAUUAUAAGUAUAUAUUUAUAUUUCAUUAAAUGAUUAAAAUUUAAUUUUUUAAUUACAUAAAUAAAUAUUUAUAAAAAUAAUAUAAUACACAUUUAUCACUAUUGAUUUGUGAAUAUUUAAACAGUUUAAUGUGAUUAAUAAUUUCAUCAUUACAAAAAAAAAGGAUUAUAAUAACAAUAAUAGUAAUAGCUAUUAUUAUUUUAAACAAAAAAAGAAAAAAAGACAUUCAACAAAAAAAAAGGUAGUCAAGAGAAACUUACCCAAGGGGGUAUAGUGUAAGCUUGGUGCCAGAUCACCGGGUGCUUGUAGAUUUAACUAUUUAAUAUAAUACCUUGAAGAAAUAUAAAAUAUAUUAAUAUAAAGAAAAAAAAAAUAAAUAAAAGAAUCAUGGAAAGCGGAACAACUGGUAUUGGCAGACUUGACUGCUAUGAAGAUAUGUUUAAAGAAAUAACACGUAAAUUAUACGGUGACGAUCCUGAUCAUCGAACAUCCAGUGUUCAGAACGAAUUUGAAACAUCAGUAUCAUAUAAAAACGACGAAGAUACAGAAAACAAUACUGAUUCUGACGAUGGUAAUUGGACAUGUGAAGAUGAGCCAUUAAAAGGAACAGACGGCAGUAGAAUUGCAGCUUAUCAUGCUGGUAAAACUACCUGGAAAUGUUACGAGUGUGGUGAUUGUAUGAAUGGUGGACCUCGUGAAAUUGCUGAACAUUUUAUGGAUCUUCAUGCAUCUCGUAUAAUACUUGAUGAUACACGUAAUCGUCAUCAUAUACCAAGAAAAGAUUAUCUACAAGGUGAUUUAAAACUUGAGGAUAUACUUAAUUAUCUUGAAAGAGUUAGAGAUAGAGCUGAAAGAUCAGCACCACCAUCAAGACGUACACAAGAAACACAAACAAUACCAGCUGCAUUAUUACCACCACCAACUACAACCAGCACAUUUUUAUUACAAGAAUUACCAACAACACCACCACCACAACAACAACAACAACAUCAACAUCAACAACAACAUCAACAGCAACAACAUCAACAACAACAACAGCAUAAUUUACAUACAAAUUCACCAACAAUGACACCAUUAUCAACAACAACACCACCAACAACAGCAACAUCAUCAUCUUCAUCAUCUUCAUCCUCGUCAUCAUCAAGUAAUAAACGUUAUACAUGUCCAUAUUGUCCAUAUGGCACUGAUCGUCGUGAUUUAUAUACAAGACAUGAAAAUAUACAUCGUGAAGAAAAACCAUUUCAUUGUUAUGUUUGUUAUAAACCAUUUAAUCGUGCUGAUCAUGUUAAAAAACAUUUUUUACGUAUGCAUCGUGAACACACAUAUGAAUUAUCAAGAAUACGACGUAAUCCAUCAACAAAUAAUAAUAAUAGUACCAUCAAAACAAAUCAACAACAACAACAAGAUACAAAUACAGGAAUAAAUAAUAAUGGAUCAGUACAACAACAACAACAACAAAAUACCUAUACAACAAAUUAUAAUAACAAUAACAACAACAACAACAAUAAUAUAAAUAAUAAUAAAAAUUAUCAAUUACAAACAACACAACCAAGUGUUACAACAGCAACAGCAGCAUCAAAUAUAUAUCAGCAAACAGCAGCAAUGACAUCUGUUAUUGGUAAUAUUCAAGAUAAUAAUAUUGUUAAUAGAAGAAUGACAAAUACUGGAUGUAAAAGUCAAAAUAAAAAUGGAUCAAAAGGAGCACAAGAAAAAAGAUACACCUGUUGUUAUUGUUCAUGGAGUGGUGUUGAUAAUUGGUGUUUAAAACGUCAUUUAAAUACACAUUUAAAACCAUUUGCUUGUGCAUUAUGUGAAUAUAAAGCAGCUCGUGCUGAACGUUUAGCAACACAUGUAUUAAAAGUACAUAAUAAACGACAAUGUUCAAGAUGUUCAUUUUUAGGUGAAGAUGCAUCACAAUUACAGAUACAUCAAUUACAUGUACAUCGUAUUAAUAAUAGUAAUACUGUCAAUACAAUACCAGCAGCAUCAUCAUCACCAACAUCAUCAUCUUCAUCAUCAACACCAUCAUCACAAGUAUCAACAAUUAAUCGUCAUGAACCAGUACAUCCUGUUGGAGUUGGUCGUCCACCACCUGGACCACCAGUUUUUCCAGCACCAUCUGGAGCUGUUAUUUCACCACCAACAACAACAACAAUUCUCAGUGAUUGUCAAUCAAAUAGACGAAGUAGAUCAAGAAAACAACACGAGCCAAGAAAAGUAUUGAGUCAACGUAGAUCAGCAAAUGAAAAUAUGAUUGAUGAUAAUGAAGAUAAUAAAAAAAGAAUAAAAUUAGAAAUUAAAAAUGAAAAAAAAUAUGAUUAUCAUGAUGAAGAUGAUAGAAUUGAUGAACAAAAUUAUUUAAAAUUUUAUUCAUUACCAGAAAGUGAUAAUAAUUUAUCGAUUGAUUAUUUAUAUGAAGAAAGAGCAACACAAGCAUUGAAAAUGUUACUUUGUCAACCAAUUGACAGUAAAAAUAAUAUUUAUUCAAACUAUAUUAAAACUGAGCCAUCUCUAUUUUCACUUGCUUGCACUUCUGGCAAUUAAAAUAUACUAAAAACAGAAGAAAAAAAAAAAA